UUUGGGAUAACUGAGGCUCAUCCAGAGCUAGUUGACUUGCUUCCAUCUGCUGUACCUAAGCCUAGAUUCAAAUUGGGUAGCAGGGUUUUAUUUGACCAAAAUAAAAAGCCUUUGUAACCCUUUUCUUCUUUCCUAGUCCCUCUGCUUUUACUCUAUCAAAAGCUAACAUGUCGCUGAAAAACGAGCCAAGGGUAAAUACCUCUACACUGCAGAAAAUCGCUGCUGACAUGAGUAAUCUGAUAGAAAAUCUGGACACGCGGGAACUCCACUUUGAGGGACAGGAGGUGGAAUACGAUGUGUCUCCUGGUGAUCCCAAGACACAGGAAGUGUAUAUCCCUUUCUCUGCUAUUUAUAACACUCAAGGAUUUAAGGAGCCUAACAUACAGACGUAUCUCUCUGGCUGUCCAAUAAAAGCACAAGUUCUGGAAGUGGAACGCUUCACAUCUACAACAAGGGUACCGAGUGUCAAUCUUUAUACUAUUGAAUUAACACAUGGGGAAUUUAAAUGGCAAGUUAAGAGGAAAUUCAAGCACUUUGAAGAAUUUCACAGAGAGCUACUUAAGUACAAAGCCUUUAUCCGAAUCCCCAUUCCCACCAGAAGACACACAUUUAGAAGACAAAAUGUUAAAGGGGAGGAGCCCCGAGAGAUGCCCAGUUUGCCCCGUUCAUCUGAAAACCAGAUUAGAGAAGAACAAUUCUUUGGUAGAAGGAAACAGCUGGAAGAUUACUUGACAAAGAUACUAAAAAUGCCCAUGUACAGAAACUAUCAUGCCACAACAGAAUUCCUUGAUAUCAGCCAGCUGUCUUUUAUCCGUGAUUUGGGACCAAAGGGCAUAGAAGGUAUGAUAAUGAAAAGAUCCGGGGGACACAGAAUACCAGGUUUGAAUUGCUGUGGCCAGGGAAGAGCCUGCUACAGGUGGUCAAAAAGAUGGUUAAUAGUGAAAGAUUCCUUUUUACUGUAUAUGAAACCAGACAGCGGUGCUAUUGCCUUCGUCCUACUGGUAGAUAAAGAAUUCAGAAUUAAGGUGGGGAGGAAGGACACAGAAAUAAAAUAUGGACUCCGAAUUGAUAACCUUUCAAGGACACUUAUUUUAAAAUGCAACAGCUAUAGGCAUGCUCGGUGGUGGGCAGGGGCUAUAGAAGAAUUCAUCCAGAAACACGGCACCAACUUUCUCAAAGAUCAUCGAUUUGGGUCGUAUGCUGCUAUCCAAGAGAACAUUUUAGCUAAAUGGUAUGUUAAUGCCAAAGGAUAUUUUGAAGAUGUGGCAAAUGCGAUGGAGGAGGCAGAAGAGGAGAUUUUUAUCACAGAUUGGUGGCUGAGUCCAGAAAUCUUCCUGAAACGCCCAGUGGUUGAAGGAAAUCGUUGGAGGUUGGACUGCAUUCUUAAACGAAAAGCACAACAAGGGGUGAGGAUCUUCAUCAUGCUCUACAAGGAGGUGGAACUUGCUCUAGGAAUCAAUAGCGAAUACAGCAAGAGGACCUUAAUGCGUCUGCACCCCAACAUAAAGGUGAUGAGGCACCCGGAUCAUGUGUCGUCCAGCGUCUAUCUGUGGGCUCAUCAUGAGAAGCUCGUUAUUAUCGACCAAUCAGUGGCUUUUGUGGGAGGGAUUGACCUGGCAUAUGGAAGGUGGGACGACAAUGAGCACAGACUCACAGACGUGGGCAGCGUGAAGCGAGUCACUUCGGGACCAUCUCUGGGUUCCCUCCCAGCUGCAACAACACAGUCUAUGGAAUCCUUACACCACAAAGACAAAAAUGAACCUGGUAAAAAUCUGCCCAUCCUGAACAGUGUUGAUGAUAUGGAUUCCAGACUGAAAGGAGUGGGAAAGCCAAGGAGGUUCUCCAAAUUUAGCCUCUACAGGCAGCUCUACAAGCACCACCUGCACGACGCAGAUAGCAUCAGCAGCAUUGAAAGCACCUCCAGUUAUUUUAAUCACUAUAGAAGUCAUCAGAAUUUAAUCCAUGGUUUAAAACCGCACUUCAAACUCUUUCGCCCUUCCAGUGAGUCUGAGCAGGGGCUCACUAGACCCACCGUUGACACGGGCUCCAUCCGCAGCUUACAGACAGGUGUGGGAGAGCUACAUGGGGAGACCAGAUUCUGGCAUGGAAAGGACUACUGCAAUUUUGUCUUCAAAGACUGGGUUCAACUUGAUAAGCCUUUUGCUGAUUUCAUUGACAGGUACUCUACUCCCCGGAUGCCUUGGCAUGAUAUUGCCUCUGCGGUCCACGGGAAGGCAGCGCGUGACGUGGCACGCCACUUCAUCCAGCGCUGGAACUUCACAAAGAUUAUGAAAUCAAAAUAUCGGUCCCUUUCUUAUCCCUUUCUGCUUCCAAAGUCUCAAACAACAGCCCAUGACUUGAGAUAUCAGGUGCCUGGAUCUGUCCACGCUAAUGUACAGUUGCUCCGUUCUGCUGCUGACUGGUCUGCUGGUAUAAAGUACCAUGAAGAGUCCAUCCACAACGCUUACAUCCAUGUGAUAGAGAACAGCAAGCACUAUAUCUAUAUUGAAAACCAGUUUUUCAUAAGCUGUGCUGAUGACAAAGUCGUGUUCAACAAGGUAGGCGAUGCCAUCGCCCAGAGGAUCCUGAAGGCUCACAGGGAAAGCAAGAAAUAUCGGGUGUAUGUUGUGAUACCACUUCUGCCAGGGUUUGAAGGGGACAUUUCAACCGGUGGAGGAAAUGCUCUACAGGCAAUAAUGCACUUCAACUACAGAACCAUGUGCAGAGGAGAAAAUUCCAUCCUUGGACAGUUAAAAACAGAGCUUGGUAAUCAGUGGAUAAAUUACAUAUCAUUCUGUGGUCUCAGAACACAUGCAGAACUUGAAGGAAACCUUGUCACUGAACUUAUCUACGUCCACAGCAAGUUGUUAAUUGCUGAUGACAACACAGUUAUUAUUGGUUCUGCCAACAUAAAUGAUCGAAGCCUGCUGGGAAAGCGUGACAGUGAAAUGGCUGUCAUUGUGCAGGAUACAGAGACGGUCCCUUCAGUAAUGGAUGGAGAAGAGUACCAAGCUGGCCGGUUCGCCCAAGGACUUCGGCUACAGUGCUUUAGGGUUGUCCUUGGCUAUCUUUCUGACCCAAGUGAGGACAUUCAGGAUCCAGUGAGUGACAAAUUCUUCAAGGAGGUGUGGGUUUCAACAGCAGCUCGAAAUGCUACAAUUUAUGAUAAGGUGUUCCGGUGCCUUCCAAAUGAUGAAGUACACAAUUUAAUUCAGCUGAGAGACUUUAUAAGUAAGCCCAUAUUAGCUAAGGAAGAUCCCAUUAGAGCGGAGGAGGAACUAAGAAAGAUCCGUGGGUUCUUGGUACAAUUCCCCUUCUAUUUCUUGUCUGAAGAAAGCCUACUGCCUUCUGUUGGAACCAAAGAAGCCAUAGUGCCCACGGAGGUUUGGACUUAAGAGUUUUACUCAUUUGCAGCUCAAAGACUUCCACCCUGAAGACCACACUGCACACAGUGACUUCCCGGGGACAUCACAGCCAAAGCCAGGCCUGAUGCACUCCCAUAUGCAACCCACGGACCCUUUGGAAUGACUGGGAAGGGCUGCAGUCAUACUGAGGACACUGAACAUCAGCAAGGCCGUAUAAAUCCUUCCGCCUAACCUGAUGAAGGAGGGGCUGCAGUCUUAUUGGUAGCAGGUACUCAACAACUUAAAACACACACUCAGAUUCCAUGAUGUAUGCCAAAAUCCAUUUCCUCUGUGACAAUAAUUUACCCAUAACUGUGACCCAGGUUGGCAAAAGUUGCCUGAACCUCCUUAUUCUUCUCUGAACUUCAUUUAUGCAGCCAGGUCUGCUGGACCUGCUCUCAUCUUGUAGUCCAUACAGGCAUUGUUUAUUACUAGAAGCUAUUGUGAUUCUUCAAGGUUACAUGGAAUGCCCCUGCCCAUCUGAUGCUACAGUGGUGUUCACCCAACCAAGGACUUAUUCAUUAUUCCUUUUCAGUCACUGUACUGAUAGAACAGACUUUAGUCUAUGCAGCAGCCUGUGUUAGGCACUUCUGAUAACGUUGACACCGUAUCUUGACACCACAGAGCAACAGGAAGGAAUUAAAUUCCAAUAUUAAGGCGUAGAUUUAUUUCACUUUGCUCCCAAAGGCACUGACAAGAUGUGUCCUUUUGAUUAGACCCACCUGAUCAAAUUUGAAAGCAUGCACAGGAUAUUUGAUUACACAGCAACCAGAUAACACUUAGAGCAUGCGACCUCAGAAACCUCCCAGGUGUCAGUGGGGAUCUGAUCCAGAUAAGAAAAGAAGAUUCUUUCCAGUCCUAUAAAAUCUCUUGUCAUCCUCAGCUGCUGGAUUGAUUGAAAUUUCAGUGUCUACAUUUCAAAAUCAAACCAGUGAAUAUAAUUUGUCUUUCAAGAGACUCAGAAGCUUCACAACUCCUACCAAGUUAAUAAGCAUGAGUCUAACCUUGUUUGACAUUCAGCUCUCCUGCUAUGUUAUCUUCUUUAAGAAAAAUUAAUUGAUUGUAAAAUGUGCUACUUUGCUUGCAUUAUUAAAUACACAUUAACAUUCCACCAAAGCAUCCAAAGAAGUUAAGAUACUUACUAAUUUACAUUGUCCUAGUCUGUGAAUUGUUCCGAAAACAUGUUUUCCCUCUUCAGAUGUUAGCAUACCCUUUAGUAGACCAAAGUUCUAAUGUUGCUAAACAGAAGUACUGGCACAGCCUGAAGAGCUAAUGUGGGUUCCAAAAGGCCUGUGCCCAUAGAACAUGGUGCAGGUGCAAUAAUUACACAUGUAUACGGAUUAGCCGGACAGACUCUCAUUUGGGUUGUUCUUCAAAGAAGCCAACACUCCUUUCCUGCUUUCAUGGAGCUAAUACUCCAGUCAGAAAGGUUAAACAAGAGCACAAAAUCAGUGAUACGGGUUAGUAAAAGAGAGAAAUGGUGUCACAUUCAGGAGAGGAUUUCACAGCUAGGGAACAUUUCACAAAUGAGGUGGGAUUUGGGAAACAGCAAUGGAAAUGAAUAUUUUUAUGAGUAAAUAACUUCUUAUAUGGCUAAAGAUGGUAAAAUGACUUCAUUCUGUAGCAAUUGUAAUUAAGACAUUUGCUAUUUAUAAAAGAAGUUUAGAUUGGCAUGUGAGAUAUUGAGUGUGUGUGGAAUACCUAAGGAUUUCUUCUAUUUUAUUUUAAAAUAUUUUUUAAACCUUAGAACAGUUAACAAACUGACUCUAGAUUUUGUGCAAAAUGUUCCCAUAAAACUGUGAAAAAUAAAAGCCUGAAAGGACCAUUUCCCUUAAUGAGUCAUUUAAUCCAACCCCUCCCCAUUUUAUAGAUAAGAAAACCGAGGCUCAGACUGGAUGAAGGACUCACUUAAAUCCACUCAAUAUAGGUGGUAGAACUGAGACUAGCAAAAUUGCUGCAAUCUGUUGUUAGCCUCUCUUCAUCAUUGUCCUAAAAUGAGGAUGUGCGGUAGGCAGAUUUCAGACAGGAUAUCUCUAAGCUAUUUUGAACCCUAUGAUAUUAUGUAUUUGUAUGUUUUUCUGUCUCCCCCUACUAGAAUGUAAGCUCCAUGGGGCAGGGACUUUACUGUAUUUUGUAAAGUGUAUCCCCAGAGCCUGGAACAGUGGCUGGCACAUAACAGAUGUCAAUAAUGUUUGUGAAAUGAAGAAACAAGGUGGAGGAGAGAGCUAAUGAAAUGAAAAA